AUGGUCAAAUCAAAUCUUUUGGCUACUAUCCCAAUGCUCAUGCUCGCCGAGCAAGCCCUUGGAUUCGGCUGUUCAACACACAGCUACACAACAUGCGAAGAUAAAAUAGUUCAUUGGUUCGAUCCCGACGACGGCAUGAUUUGCGAUCCUCUCGACUGCGGCGGCGGUCGAGCACCCCCAAAGACUGGCGUGCCUGGAUGUGCCGGAUAUACCGGCACUGAAACCGUCGGAACCUCGUAUCUCUCUUGCUGGAAACCUUCGACUACACUUGUGGCUGCAGCUGCGGAGACGACAUCGGAAACAACUGUUACGGAAACGCCUGAGCCUAGUACUGUGGUUAAGGUUGAGACGAGGACUACGACGAGGCAUUUCGUAUCUGAAUCGGCAGAACCGCUUGAAUCGAUUAGAGUCACCGCGGCGGCUGGAUCAACUACUGUGGCGCCUGUUCUGCCAUCUGGCACCAAAUCGAGCGAGGAGGCUGCCGCUUCUACGCCUUCUGCUGCGGCUACUACUGCUGCGCCCAAUGCGGCUCGAGUUAUAGAGGGAUCUCUUAUUGCCGUUGCUGGUGUUGCGCUUGGAGCGAUCGUGCUUCUUUGA